AUGCGGACCAGCCGAGCACGACUGGAGGAUGCAAAGUUCGAAACGGAAAGGCGCAGGCAACAUCGAGGGACUGCACGUAUUUCUCUUGAUAUUUUAAAGUUUCAAUUCGAGGAUCACGAGCAACUUGAUAAAGACAACAUUGACCGUCUGAAGGGCAUCUACCGACGCGAAGGAUGUCGACCACACUUUAUCAACAAUCGUAUUUUGGUCGAAAUUGAUGAAACAUGUUUCGAGGCCGCCCUUGCUCUUUCAGGUGUGGCAGCAACGGAGCUGCUCACCCCCCGAAGAGAUGACUACCCGGAGCUUCGAUUUCCUAUUGGUGCAGAAGUCAUCUGCCUCCAUGGAAAGCACCGUAUCCAAGCCGGUCGCGAAUUUUUGUCUCCUCGGGACAAAUGGUGGAUCGCUGACAUCUAUCUUGGUGGGCUGUCGACGGAUGUGAAGCGCGGCCUCGUCGAGGAAUACGCGAACGAAAGCAUUCCCACGGACGGAAUGAUCUUCUACAAGAUCCGCCUGUACCACUUUCAGCGCAACCUCAGCUUUGAGUCGAGAUGGUGGGCUCGCCUCCGAGGCUGCCGGAGUCGUAAUUUGAAAGCACUGUUAAAGCACCCUGAACUCACAGCAGCUUUCGACGCUCUGCUCGAUGUACCCGGCCUAUGGGGCGGAAUGUUACUUACAACGCUUCACAAAGUGCUGGGACUGAAGUCUGACGACGAGAUACUGAAUUAUCUUGAACAUAUCCGACGAUUUUGGCACGAUUUGGUUGAUGGUGACCCCAGUGCCAUGCAAAGGUUUGAUCAUCGAGACGUGAAGGCGCUGGAGCUCCGAGCUCCAGGUGUUUCCACACAUGAUGCGGAGGAGAUUGAAGCCCAAAUCCGUGCCGGUCGAAUUCUGAGAGCCUUCAGUGAGGAGGAGCGACGGCACAUUCUUCAGCGAUUAUGCGGAUUUAAGUACCUGAUCCCAUCCCUGCAUACAUUUUUCCGGGAUGUCACCUACUGGGAGGCGUGCGUCGGGAGCGUCAAGCACUUGAUGACGUUAUCGCGCCGCGACACGAUCUUAUCGGCCUUUGAAGGCCGAUUUAGCGCCACCAAUCAACACGAUGACCGAGUGGUGAUCCAAGUGGGUGAGUCACGGUUUGAAACACUUCAAGGCCCGCGCGACGCACAGAUAGACCUCAGUUUCCGCCAGAUCAUCGCCUUUGCCAUGAGACACUUUGUCGACAUCCCACGGGAGCCGAUCAGUGACGAUGUGACCGUCAGACCUCGUGUGAAAGCUAAUCGAGUCACACUGCGCCAGUUCGCGGAAUUGGCCAUUCGUGUCGGAUUCGAGUCACCUGAAAUUCGCCGGCUUUUGGAUAUGGAAGAAUUGCUGGAUUCUCCCAAUGCUCCGGAGUUGUCCAGGCCAUUACUCGUCACUUCAGGUCCUGGUGAAAAGCUGCAACGAAGAUGCGGGUUACCCAAGUUGGACAAUUUUCAGAACGAUCAGAAUUUCUUAUUCCUCCCCCACCUGCACAACCAGCAAGAUGACAAUGGUGAAGGCAUCACGUCAUUUUUCGUCCUCAGAUCCUUUUAUUCCGCCUUCAUGGGACCGUCGGAUCUCCUAGACGACUUGUUGGCUCAGGUAUGGAAUCAAUUAGUGACUUCUCAGCAUAACGUUGAUGCCGCUGAGCAGCACUCUCGGCAGGAAGAACAAACACGGGAAGAACAAGCCCAACAAGAACAACGUGAACAAGAACAACGUGAACAAGAACAACGUGAACAAGAACAACGUGAACAAGAACAACGUGAACAAGAACAAC